AAUACUUGAUUUAGCAAACUCAACUAAUGAUAUGCAAGAUUGCAUGAUAGAAAUAAUCAUAACUCAUAAGUCAUAAGAUACCAAAUCAUUUAUAAAUUGCAUAGAAAGUUGUAUAACAUCAUAUAUAAUGAAACAAAAUAAAAUCUCUAAAACAUCCUAUUGAGACAUAAACCGGUUUAAUCGGGUUCGUUCAAUUUGAUAAACACCGAUGAUUCGAUUCUAAGGGAAGAAGAUCUCUCUCUACUACGACAAGCUCAACUCUUUCGUUUUCGAGAAACCAAUUCCAAAGAUCAUCCUAAACAAUUCGAAACCACAACAAUGUUCAACAACAACAGUGUCUCGAUCUCAGUAUCUGACGACGAAUCUAACGAUUUGAAUCGGAUCCGAGCUCGUACCCGACGAAAGCGGAAGAAAGUGAGUCACAGAACCAGCUACGAGCUUCCUCGUCAUGUUCUAAGGCUUUUUGUGAGAUACUGGGUCGUCUUAGUUUUUCUUCUCGCUGUUGGGUUGCUUGUAUUUGAAUCAACGAGGAUCGGAUUCAAAUCUAGUGACUUGAAGAAACCAGAUUUGAAUGGGAAAGAGAGUCCUAGUAAGAAAAAUGAAGGAAAUUUGAAUCGAUUGGAUCCUACUACCAAAGUUAUUGGUGGUGUUAGACAACGUUGUUUGAAGCUUUUACCACCUGAGGAGCUUGAGCAUCUUGAUAUCUUAGAGCGUAAAGAUUCAGGCUCUCCGGUUAAGAGAGUUGUGUAUCUAACUGAUACGGAUGUGUCGGUGGGAGAAAUGAGAGGUGUUCGUGGUAAUGGGACGCGGUUUAAUUUAUUCACGGGGAACCAGACUUUUGCUGAGAGAGAAAAUAGUUUUCAGGUAAGGGAAACAGUUUCUUUGCAUUGUGGGUUUUUCAAUGAAAAUGGGGGAUUUAGGAUUUCGGAUAAGGAUAAGAAGUUUAUGACAUCAUGUGAAGUAGUGGUCUCGACGUGUGCGUUUGGUGGUGGAGAUAACCUUUAUGAACCUAUUGGAAUGUCUAAGACAUCAAGUCAAAAGGUUUGCUAUGUUGCGUUUUGGGAUGAAGUUACUCUUACAACACAAGAAGCAGAGGGUCAUAAGAUCGAUGAGAAUGAUCACAUUGGAAAGUGGCGUAUUGUGAUUGUAAAGGAUCUUCCUUUUACAGACCAAAGGCUUAAUGGGAAGAUCCCAAAGAUGUUGGCCCAUCGCCUUUUCCCAGAUGCCAAGUACUCGAUUUGGGUAGACUCAAAAUCCCAGUUUAGAAGAGACCCACUUGGUGUACUAGAUGCUCUUCUUUGGCGAACAAACUCGGUGCUUGCAAUUUCAGAACAUGGAGCUCGAAGCAGUGUAUACGACGAGGCAAACGCUGUCAUCAAGAAACACAAAGCUACACCCGAAGAAGUUGAAGUGCAGAUAAAUCAAUACCGACAUGACAAAUUACCCGAAGAUAAAAGAUUCAACGGGAAAAAAGCUUUAUCUGAAGCCUCUGUGAUUGUAAGGGAACACACUCCAUUGACAAAUCUAUUCAUGUGCCUCUGGUUCAAUGAAGUUGUCCGCUUCACUUCGCGUGAUCAAUUGAGUUUCCCAUACGUUCUUUGGCGUUUGAAAGUUCUCAAGAACAUCAACAUGUUCCCUGUCUGUACACGUAAAGAUCUCGUCAAUAGCAUAGGCCAUGUACGCAAGGCUAAACCGUUAGUUACCCUAUGAAUUUACUGUAAGCUUCCAAUUCAUUGGUUAUUUUAGAAUCUUUUUUGUAUUUAGCGUGUAGACAUAAAAACAGAACUGACAUGUUUUAAACUGAAACCGAACUAAACCUGAUCAGAAUAAAAAUAACAGCUUGAGGAC